CCGGAAGUGCGCGAGGAAGCCAGCGAACAGACUGUCAGGGGAACCCCCGAUCGAUUUCCGAGACUCCGGAGUUCAGGCCUAGGAGGAGAAUGGCUCACGGCCAGGCGAGGAAGAGGUCCAGGUCCAGGAGUAGGAGUGACUCUCGGAGCAGGCAGGACGCGGAGAAGAGGAAGGAGAAGAGGAAGAAGAGCAAAGACUCCCGAGAGAGGAGAAGCCCGUCUCCUGCCUGCAAAAGGGGGCCGGAGUCUCAGAGGCUCCAGAGGCACUCGGCCUCCUCGAAAGAAGGGAAAAAGAAGAAAACAGACAAGAAGAGGAGAAAAGCCAGUACUUCCUCCUCCUCGGACACGACCCCCUCCUCGUCUCCUUCUGGGUCCUCCUCCUCCUCUGAGGAAGGAUCAAGCGACGGUGAGUCCAAGCCCAAGAGGAAGAAGCGCAGCAAGAAGAAACUGGCCAGAGAGAAAGAGAAAAAGAAGAAGAGCAAGAGGAGGAAGAAGAAAGCCAAGAAGAAGGCAAGCAGGAAGCUGAAGGAGAGGGCGAAAGAGGGGAAGUCCAAGGGGGAAGAGCUGACCGGCCCCUCCCUGGAGCAGUGGCAGAAAGAGACGCUGGUGGAACCCGGCCCAGCCCUGACGGAUGAGCAGAAAUCGCGCAUCCAGGCCAUGAAGCCGAUGACGAAGGAGGAAUGGGAUGCCCGCCAGAGCGUCAUAAGGAGAGUUGUCGAUCCUGAGACAGGAAGAACGAGGCUCAUCAAGGGAGACGGCGAAGUCCUGGAGGAGAUUGUCACUAAGGAGAGGCACAAAGAAAUCAACAAGCAAGCUACCCGGGGAGACGGCCUUUCCUUCCAGAUGAAGACGGGGAUGCUCCAGUAAUUGGCCAGACCUGCGAUGUGCCAAAAGACAGCUGUCUUCCCAGACACAGAGGCUUGGCCAAAACGGGCACACGUCCCCCUGGUGCCGGCAGGAGCACACCUGGACAGAAAACGGGCGGGGCGAGAGGCUCCAAGCCCACAACUGCUGCACAGACGCCUUGCCUGGGGGGGCGUGAGUCUUGCUUCCUUCCAGAGGCCCCUCCCCCCUUGAGAACGUGCCCCGGGGUCCCGCAUGAUGUCCUCUGCUCACCGCUUGCCCCCUUAUCCUGCCCAGUCCCCUCAGUCACGGUCUCAGAGUUUGUUCUUCCAAAGAAAUAGGAGACUGAGAGAAACGGGAAAAGGUUAAGCAGGACUAAUCUCCGGAGGGUCUGACAAAACAAGCACUAGAGAGGCCCGCCUUCUCCGAGGGAGGCGAACCCAUCAGGAUGUCUGCAGCCAGCCCCACCCUACUGACUACGGGGAGGGCGGGACACAUCCUGCCUGCCUUUCUCCUCUGGGACGGGGGAGACAUCGGCAAGGUGGAGCCUGAUCGAGGUCAAAAGGAGGGGAAAGGGUGUCUCCGUGCUGUGACAGAGACACCGCUUAACUCUGGGACCCAGAGCUUGGCUCAUUGCUGGCGUCUGGCAAAACGGAAACCGCCCCGCGCCGCUUGGCUUCUGCAUGCUAAUUCCAGAGCAGUUGGGGGCUGUUUGCUUUCUUGGGAUCGGACGUCAUCUCAGAAGAGUUGUGUUUGGGGAGGGGCUGGCUGUUGAGUCGGGACCGGAGAACCAUCCGGCGUCCUUUCUGAACGGAGAAAGGUGGGCUAGCAUGUAAAAAAAUACCUCCGGCUCCCUGGGGCUGUACGGAAAUAACGGCGAGUGUAGUUGUUUAAGCCUGAGCGAUAUGAAAAGAUGCACUUUUGUGUGUGUGUGUGUUUGUGUGUUGCUGUUAGCUCCUGACAGCAGUGCAACCUGAUCUAGGUUGGUGCCUCUUUGGACAGCGCCCCUGCCCUCUUUCUGGCUGCCUUUGUGUCAGCACAGCAGAGACAAUGAAAACAGACAAGAGGGAAGGCACAGACUGGUGGGCGUCCAACCAGACUGGUCUUUCCUGCUGGCCCAGGAGAAGGGCAGUAGCCCAGCAAGAAGUCCUACCCUACAGAAGUUCAGAAAAGGUUAGACACUAUCAGAGAAACUGGGCCUCUUCCCUUUGGUGUCGUGGUUAAGUGCACGGACUCUAAUCUGGGAGAACCGGGUUUGA